CUCUUCACCCUCUCACUCACUCUAUCUCACUCACUGUCAUUAUCUUUCUUUUGUUUUUCACCAUCAACAAUACAUAGUACACACACGGAAGCAAUCGGGCUGCCGUACUCUACAGGAUGGAUGCGGACGUAUCGAAAAGGAUGAAAUAAAUUGUUGAUGGGUUUCCUGACCUGCUUUUUAAAUCUGAUGAUAAUUUCUGAAAUUCUCUAAUUUUUUGUUGUCAUUAAGACCCAAUUUUAAAACUUAAAAGUCCUGUUUGUUUUUAAUUUUCAUUUAAUCAAUUAAGUUAUCCUUAUCCAGUCUGCUCAAUUAAUUUUUAUCAAUGGCGGAUCAGUUGAAUGAAACUAGUACUACAACCACUGAUCAUGGGAAUAAUUGGCCAAACACAAAACUACCAGCAGAUGGUGAUGUUCCUGAUGAUGUUUCUAAUGGCCAAGAAACUCAUAGUUUUGCUGAUAUAUUAAGCACUGCAUUCACGGCCACUGGACCUGUGCCAAGCCCACCAGCAGAUACAGAGUCAAAUAUGCAAUUAGGAAAUGAAAUGGAUUAUGAUCCAUUAUUUGCGGAUGGAAGUGAUUUAGAGACUGAAGAUACACCACAAGAAUUUUCUCCAUUAAACUCUGAUAUAUGGCGAUAUGGAAAUACGCUUAUAGAAACACCUUGGUCUGUACCACGCACUGAUGAAUCGUCCAGUCGAACUGUUAACCAUCCAGUUCCAUCUACUCCAACAUCAUCUGAGAUGGGAAGAAAGAGAUCAUUGCUGUCUGGUGAUAACAACUUACGAAUGAAAACUGGUAAACCUGAUACAAAUCGUCCGUUGACUUAUCCCAGACAUCCAAUGUCUAAUCGAAUGUUUAGACCACAUCGUUAUGGUCAAGAACAAAUGUCUUCAUCAGCAUAUACAUCCAUGAGUAAUCAUGGAGGAAAUUAUAAAUACACCCAGCGACCAAAUUCUCAGGUUCAUACUACUACAGCUCCAAGUGAUCAUUCAAUACCAAGUUCUUCAAAUCAAAAUAGAAUGAUUAACCCUCAAUCAUCAUCAACUGAAGAAUACACAGUCUACGGAAUGAAUAAUAUGGGCGCCCCUCAACCCGGCCGUUUUAAUAAUGAUCCACGUAGAGCAGAAUGGACAAAUGUGAUGGAUGCUGAUGAUGAUGAAGACAGUGGGAUAGAGUUAGUCACAGUCAACAAUUUUCAACAACGAAAUAUAAAUCAACUACCAACUGGUCCACCUGUAGUAGAUUUAACUCUAGAGUCUGAAGAAGUCAAUGAUCCUUUAAUGAAUCAUUCAGGAAGAACACCUCAAGCUGACAUAUCUAUGGGUCAUACAAUGUUUAGUAGUCGUUUCCCAAUUAUACAACCACAACGACAGUAUGUCAGUCACUCUGCUAUGCGUUCUAUGCCUGGAUACACUCAACAAUUUCCUCCUAAUCCGUCCCCUCUGUAUCGAAAUGAUGUCAUUUUCAUGGAUCAGCCUCCUCAAGCUCCUUGUAUACACACAGCUCAUCCACCUCCAGGUACUCCAGGUUGGCCGCCACCGUGUAGUCAGUGUCAUAAUACAUCUAGGGUUGUAUUUGGAAUGGGUAGUCACAUACAUCCGGCACACCACCAUCAUCAUGGUAUGAUGGCUACACAUCCAAUGACUCCAUGUGUACCUUCAAAUGUACCUUUAUACCACCAAAGAUUAUGGUAUAAUCAACAUAGAAUACAAGAAAUGCAAAGAAGAAGAAUGGAUAUGAUGAAUGGCAGUUCUGUACGUUCGUUAAGGAGUAUACCGCCAGUGUCAUGCAUGCAGGGAUAUCAACAACCACCUCAACCAACACCUGUCCAUCCAUCUAUUCAAGCAAUUCAUACAGUGUUACCUCCACCUCAGCAACCAAAUGUGUUCAGCCGGCCAGAAGUAAUCACUUCACGUAGAAUUGGUCCUACUGCUGUCAUUACCUUAUCUCCUCCUACCGAUGGAAUAGAACAAGUACCUACAUCAUCACUACAAACUGAAAUUGUGGUUCAAAGUGGGUCUACGAGUGAUAGCGGUCAUCCUCAUAUUCAUCAUUAUUAUAAUUAUCAUCCUCCUGGACCACCAGGUCGAAUGCAUCAUGUACGCAUUAGUAUUGGAGCUCCGUCAGGAACUAUUGUUAAUACAACUCCGGGCUCAACAAUUCCAUCACAGCCAGGUACUGAUAUACCUACGAUUCCUCCAUUAGGAUCAAUACCCAUGUUAACACGUCAUUUGUCAUAUCGGCUAGAAGAUUACUUACGAUUAAUGGAGCAACGCCGCAUUCACAUGAUGAAUCGUGGGGCCUCAAAAGACACAAUAGAAAAGAAUACUUUCCCUCAUAAAUAUAAACGUAUUAAGAGAUCAUCAGAUGAAAUGGAAGAUAACACAGAAAAAUGUACUAUUUGUCUUUCAGACUUUGAGGAUACAGAGGAUGUUAGGCGUUUACCAUGCAUGCAUUUAUUUCACAUUGAGUGUAUUGACCAAUGGUUGUCAUCUAACAAACGAUGUCCUAUAUGUCGUGUGGACAUAGAGACCAAAGAAACUAAAGAUGCUGCUUCUGGCUCACCUUUGCCGUCUGAAACUCCAUUCAUUGUUCCAACAUGACACGGAGAACUGGUGGUUUUACCACCAGCUAAUUCGUGUUCAACCUCUUCUCGUUGAAUUAUGUGUAAGAGAAGAGGAACGAGAAUGCAUCAUUGUUUUGCUGUAAUAGUAUUCCACUGCUAAAUAUUAUACUUCUACAGGUUUUAUUGUAACCAUUUAAUAAAAUUUGUUACCCUCACUAUAUACUAUAGGGUCUUGCGUGUGAUAAAAUUUAAAACAAAAAAACCAGUCACACUAGUGUGCGCGAGCUUUUCCAUUCAUAUGUGAUAACUUUUUUUUUAGCAAUUUUGCAUGUUUUCGUUUUAGUAGAACUUUUAACUUUUGUGUUUUAUCCGUUGUGCAAUUAGUUGUCCCUGCCCUGCCUUUAAUAGUUAUGGGUAUUUUUUUUAAAUGUUGAAGAUUUUAAAAAUGUGUCUUAUACAUUGUAUUAUAGAUUAUCCACAAAAUAAUACUUUUAUUUUUUAAACAUUUACAUACAACAAAUACCUAACAUUUUUUGUUGAUUUACUAUGAGAAAGUUUAUAGUUAUUAGAUUUCUUUUUUUUAACUAUUCAUUAUUUUUUUUUAAAUUUAAUCUCUUAAUGUUAUAUAAGAGUGCUUUUCUUUCCAACUUUGACAAUAUUUACCAUUUAUUUUUUACAACAUUUGAAUCAAGAAAUCAUUUUACUUUUGUGACUUGUUGGCAGUGUUGAACUUUAACUAUUUUUAACUUAAUCGCUCAUUAUUAUUACUGAAUCAUGUAGUCUUAGGUAUCAUUAUGUACGUAUUAUAUAUAAUGAUAAUAAGCAUUUAAAUUUUAUUUUUGUCCACGGUCCCCCUUAUUUUCUGAAGCAACUGCACGUAUCGAGUAUGAAAAUAAUGUGCAAAAAACAUAUCCGAGUUUUUUUAAAUUCAUUGUUUUUACUUGAUAAUUAUUGUUAUCAGAAUAAAUAUGUUGUGGUCGUGAGUAGUUAUUAUGUUAUAUGUAGUGAUAUAUAUUUAUAUAUAUAUAUAUUAAUAAUUAUUACAUAAUAUUAUAGUUUAGAUAUUAUUUUUACUAUUAUUAUUUUGUAUUUUUAAUUAAUUGUGUCACACUUAUCGAAUUUACCUAUACCCUAAGUACCUGCAAUACAAAUUAUUUAAAAUAAAUAAAUAUUGAAUAUCAAGUUUAACUAUUUAGUAUCGGUCGCUUUAUAUAAUAUAAUCUUUGGAUAUAUAUAAUAUAUACAUAUAUUUUUUGUCGUUUUAACAGAUCAUCGUGAAUAAUUUCUUAUUAAUAGAUUUUUAUCAGAAAAUAUUUAUAACAUGCAUAAUUUUAAUAUUAAUAUGUAUAGUAAAAUUUCUUUUAAUUAAAUUACCAAUAAAAUUAUCGAAAUAUUCAUGUUAAAUUAAAUGUUUCUACCACUACCAUUACGUGCUCGUUAAUAUUUUAAUUUAUAACGCUAUGUUUAGAGAAUAUCUGUUGUUUGCAUAAUAAAUUACAGCUAAAUGUUUAGCCAUUUCGCAUUAAGAAAAAAUACUAUUUUCUAUCCAGAGUAACUUAAUAAUCAUUGACUAUACUAUUGCUGUUUCUCGUCUUUUUUAAUUGAUCUCUUUAGUUUUUAAGCACAUUUGGAAUAUAUAUUUUUAAAAAAUAAAAAAAAACUUGCGGCGCAAAAUCACAAUAAUUGUCAACAAAACCAACCUUUUCCCCAGAAUAUACUAAUAUUGUUUUUUUUUUCCCCCAAGUGUAUUGUGAUAAUAAUUGAAAACUUUUUAAAGAAAUUUGUAUGUUUUUUUUUCUUAUUAUUAUGUAACAUAUUAUUACUUUAUUAUGAUAAUUAUUACCUCUUCCAGUUUCCAUGUAAAUGAUGUUGCUUUAUUAUUAUUAUACAUAUUAUUUUUUUUUUUA